AUGGAAAGUAAGAGGUAAGAAAUUAAUUGACACAAUUUAGAAAGACAAUGAAUAACCUUUAUUAAAAUAAAGAUUUGAACCUUUUUCAAUAGAGGAAUCUAAAGAAAAAAUUGAAAUUGAAGAGGAAAGCAAAUUUAAUUAAAUUAAAGACUUUAUGUCUAUUUAUAUGGGAAGGUUAAUCCACGAAAUUAAUAAAACAAUUUCAUAAAAAACUCAAAAUACAAUGCAUUUACAUUUAUCCCCUUAGUUUUAUUUGAAUAAUUCCAUUAAUUUAUAAACUUAUUUUAUUUAGGUUUAACGAUAACUUAAUGUAUAAGUUUUUUAAAAGUAGGUAAAAUGAUUUGCUAUUAAAGGAUUUUUAAUUGAUUAUUUAGGACCACUUGCUUUAGUAGUUGCAAUAUCUUUACUAAAAGAAUUGUAUGAUGAUAUAUAGAGACAUAUGAGGGAUCAUUAAAUAAAUAAUUAUGAGUAUGGUUUAAUAACAAGAAAUGGGAUUGAAAAGAUAUCAAGUGGGAAUAUUAAAGUAGGCCAAAUAGUGGAAGUUAAAUGUAAUGAGAGAAUACCAGCAGAUUUGCUAGUUUUAUAUGCUGAGUAAAAAGUUUAAUUGAUAAUUAAAGUGAUGAAUAAGGAAAUGUAUUUAUUAGAACAGAUUAAUUGGAUGGUGAAACAGAUUGGAAAUUACGAAAGGCGGUUAAAGCAACUUAAAAUUUAAUUAAAAGUGGUUCAGAUCCUAGUUUAUUGAUAUCAUCUAGUAGUUAUGUAACAUGUUAAGAACCAAUUGCAAAUAUUUAUUAAUUUUCAGGAUUGUUUAAUUAUAAAUAUCAAAAAGAAUCCUUAUCUUUAGAACAUGUGAUGUGGGCAAAUACAGUAUUAGCAACAGGUAGAAUUUAUGGAUUAGUUAUAUUAAAUGGAAAGGAAACAAGAAUGGAAAAAGAAUAGUAAAACACCAAAGACUAAAUUUGGUAUACUUGA